CUGGACAGGCAGUCAUACACAGACAAAGGCCUUGAGGCCCUCCCUAUGUGACCUAAACAAUGGGUCUUGGUUUUCAGCCACAAGUCAAUGCAGUGAGCCUUGCUGCUCCCUUGCUGCCAGUCCAGGCCACAUGUGGCAGGCAUGUGAGGUCCUCCUUGGCCACCUCUGGCAACUAAUUUGGAGUCACACCUUAUUGGCACCCUUGGGAAAUGUCUGGCAUGUCUAUAGCUCAUUUCUGGUCAUACUGGUGCUCAUCCCAGCCAAGGGUUUUUUGAAACUGGCCAGCCAAUAUCUAUACCAGCCUAAAGGGACUAGUGACUUCGUACAAGACCCAAAAGAACUUGAGGGGUUUGAUCUCCCAUAUCAGUGCCUACAGGGGUCAAAAAUGAAUACUCCCUUAUACCAACGCAGAGACCAACCUGAGGAGAUUAGCCCUGUGCUACGAUUCUUACAGCACCCAGAAGAGUUUACUGACUUUUACCAAGAACUACCACAGUUUGAGGCAACAACUGAUACCUUAAAGUACCCAUCAAAGAAACUUAGUCCUGUGCUCCAGUACCUACAAGAGCUUGAGGAAAUUGGUAGUAACCUACUCCAAUGGGAGAGCUGUCUCAAGUCUUCCUGCCCAAGAAGUUCCAGCCAAAUGAAGAAUGUGACUCAGGUGCCCAUGGACACGGCCUUCCCAACUCCUGCCGCCACAUAUCAUGAAAUCACAAUGGCCGAUGGUCCAGCAGAAAUGCCUGGAUAUGGAAACGAGCAGGUCACAUCCAACAACAAAAGACCCCUUACCAGGAGCUCCAGUAGGACCUCCCAGAAGAUCUCCAGCAACCUAGCAGAAGACAUAACUGUUAUGGGUAGACCCCCAGCAAUGCCACAGGCAUCCCCUUCUGCACAGAAUUUCCAGACAGGAAACCUCAAACAGAAUCUGAGGCCCAGAUCCCCUUCCUCCUUAUGCAUUCACAGUGGAUCCCCUGGGAUGAAGGAUAGCCCAGACAGCACAACUCCCAGGGGAGGAGGAAAUCAUCAUAGUGGGAGACUCACAAAUGCCAGACAGGCUGCCAAUUGUACCCAAGAGGACAUGGAAGAGUCCUUUUGUGAAACUGGCAGGCAGCAUCGAUCUCUUGGGACCCCAUUACUUGGAUCCUCCCGAAAAGUCCUAAAAGGCAGCUGUGAAGAAAUGAAAGAAUCUGGAAACAUGUUGAGUGCCAAAGAAUCCCUGACCUCAAGUAGACAAGAUGUGAAAGCAGAAGGAAAGCCCCUUUUGGAGCAGAAGAACAAUCUAAUACCUGCCAAUAUCAAAGCCAAGUAUGGCACAACUGGUGUGGAGAAACUGGUUUCUGAGGAGCAGGCACGCCGUGCUCUCUGUGAGGCUGGACUGAUUCAAGGGCAAAAACGACUCAGCGACUGGGCAUUCAAGCCACUAGAGAAUCCCAUGGCAUCUUCACCUUAUGCUGAUUAUUAUGAACUAGGUUACAACCUGAGGUCCAACAUUUUCCAAGGAGGACCAUUAGAAAGCAAAAGUCUGAUGAAGGACUCCUAUACUCCAGAUGUGCUAAAAAGAUCAAUUCGGGACCCUAAACAUUGGCAUGGAAGGAAAACUGAUGAUCUAGGAAGAUGGUUCCAGAAAAAUGCCCUAAACCUUAAUCUGCAAAAAGCUUUGGAGCAAAAAAUUGGGGAGAAGAACAAAGGCGGCAAAUCCUAAGAGGGCAUAAAAGAGGUCUGCAAGUCCUCUGUGAAAGAUAUGUGUUCUCCCUACCAGUGGAAUAAACGUCUUGCAGACUCUG